ACGCAAGAUCCCUAUGCGUACGAUGACCCAAACUACGGUGUGGAGGAAGAGGAGGACGAGUACGAGGAGAUAACCCAGGAGGAUUGCUGGACGGUCAUCUCCUCCUUCUUUGAGCAGAAAGGUCUCGUGCGCCAGCAGCUCGACUCGUUCGACGAGUUCGUCCAGAACACGAUGCAGGAGCUCGUCGACGAGAACUCAGACCUCAUCCUCGACCAGGAGAACCAGCACACCGGUCACGAGGCGGACUCGACGCGGCGGUACGAGAUCAAGUUCGGGCAGAUAUACCUGUCGCGGCCAACGAUUACCGAGGCGGACGGGUCGGUGGUGCCGCUGUUCCCGCAGGAGGCGCGUCUAAGGAACCUCACCUAUUCGUCGACUUUAUACGUGGAUAUGAAGAAGCGGGUGUUGACAAGUAGGGAGGACCCAGAUAAUCCUGGGGAGACGAUAUGGGAGCCGGAGCGUGGUGAGGUGCCGGAGGAUACUCAGAAGGUCUGGAUUGGCAGGGUUCCCAUCAUGCUGCGGUCGACAUUCUGUAUCUUGCACGACCUCCAAGACCAGGAUUUGUACGACCUGAAUGAAUGUCCGUACGACUCUGGAGGAUACUUUAUUAUCAACGGGUCGGAAAAGGUACUCAUCGCCCAGGAACGUAUGGCUACGAAUCAUGUCUACGUCUUUGCGAAGGCGCAACCCUCCCCUAUCAGCUUCUUGGCUGAAAUCCGUAGUGCUGUGGAGAAGGGCGGGAAGACGAUCAGUCAGUUCCAGGUUAAGAUGUAUCACCGGAACCAAGAGCGAUCCCUUGGGAGUGUUAUGAAGGCCACCAUUCCUUACAUUAAAGUCGAUAUCCCUAUUUGGGUUGUCUUCCGCGCUCUGGGCGUCAUCUCUGACCGCGAUAUACUCGAACAUAUCUGCUACGAUAUGCAAGACUUGCAGAUGCUCGAAAUGCUGAAGCCUUGCAUUGACGACGGCUUCGUCAUUCAGGAUCGGGAGAUUGCAUUGGACUUCAUAGGUAACCGUGGUACGACGACUGGUCUCUCCCGGGAGCGACGGUUGCGGUACGCGCAGGAAAUCCUGCAGAAGGAGAUGCUGCCGCAUGUGUCCAUGGCUGAAGGCUCUGAGUCGAAGAAGGCGUACUUCUUUGGGUACAUGAUCCAUCGACUGCUCCUUGCUGCCCUGGAGCGUAGGGAGCUGGAUGACCGUGAUCACUUUGGGAAGAAACGGCUUGACCUGGCCGGCCCUCUGCUGGCUAACCUGUUCCGGAUGCUCUUCAGGAAGUUGACAAAGGAUGUCUACCGGUACUUACAGAAGUGUGUGGAGACACACAAAGAGUUCAAUCUCUCGCUUGCUGUUAAGCACAACACCAUCACAAAUGGUCUCAAAUACUCAUUGGCAACCGGUAACUGGGGCGACCAAAAGAAGUCUAUGUCCUCGAAAGCUGGUGUCUCGCAAGUGUUGAAUCGUUACACAUAUGCAUCCACGCUCUCUCAUCUCCGGCGAUGCAAUACGCCAUUGGGAAGAGAAGGGAAGAUCGCGAAGCCUCGCCAAUUGCAUAAUACCCACUGGGGCAUGGUGUGUCCAGCAGAAACGCCGGAAGGCCAGGCUUGCGGCCUUGUCAAGAACUUAUCUCUCAUGGCGUGUAUAUCGGUCGGUUCCCUGUCUGCGCCUGUCAUUGAGUUCUUGGAGGAGUGGGGUCUGGAGUCCUUGGAAGAAAACGCGCACUCCGCGACGCCUUGCACCAAGGUCUUCGUUAACGGUGUCUGGAUGGGCGUUCAUCGCGAUCCCGCUAACUUGGUUAAGACCAUCAAGAAACUGCGUCGGAAGGACGAUAUUAGUCCCGAAGUCUCGGUUGUGCGCGAUAUCCGUGAGCGCGAGCUGCGGCUAUAUACUGAUGCAGGCCGUGUCUGCCGACCGCUCUUCAUCGUCGAGAACCAGCAGCUUGCUCUGCAGAAGAAGCAUGUCAGGUGGCUCAACCAGGGAGAGAAUGAUGACGGCGAACCAUGGAAAUGGGAUCAACUCGUUAAGAACGGUAUUGUGGAGUUGCUGGAUGCUGAAGAAGAGGAGACUGUGAUGAUUAGUAUGACGCCCGAGGACCUUGAGAACUCGAGACUUCAGUCGGCUGGGAUUGACCCUCAUGCCAAUGAAGGGGACUUCGACCCGUCUGCUCGACUGAAGGCCCCGACACACGGACACACAUGGACACAUUGUGAGAUCCAUCCUAGCAUGAUUCUCGGUGUUUGUGCUAGUAUCAUCCCGUUCCCCGACCAUAACCAGUCCCCUCGAAAUACCUAUCAAUCAGCCAUGGGUAAACAAGCUAUGGGUAUCUAUCUUACCAACUUCCUGGUUCGCAUGGAUACUAUGGCCAAUAUCCUCUACUAUCCUCAAAAGCCGCUGGCUACGACUCGAUCCAUGGAAUACCUGCGGUUCAGGGAGUUGCCCGCCGGCCAGAAUGCCAUUGUGGCAAUCUUGUGUUAUAGUGGGUACAACCAGGAAGACUCCGUCAUCAUGAACCAAAGUUCAAUCGAUCGUGGUCUUUUCCGGAGUAUCUAUUACCGCAGCUACAUGGACCUCGAGAAGAAGAGCGGAGUUCAGCAGCUGGAGGAGUUCGAGAAGCCUACACGCGAUACAACACUGCGCAUGAAGCAUGGGACAUACGACAAGAUCGAGGAUGAUGGACUGAUUGCUCCAGGUACUGGUGUCAACGGAGACGACAUCAUCAUUGGGAAGACUGCGCCAAUUCCUCCUGAUAGCGAGGAGCUAGGGCAGAGGACUCGGUCGCAUACUCGACGCGAUGUUUCCACUGCUUUGAAGAGCACGGAGAGCGGUAUCGUGGAUCAGGUUCUCAUCACUACCAACUCGGAAGGCCAGAAGUUCGUCAAGGUCCGGGUUCGGUCCACCCGUAUUCCCCAGAUUGGCGAUAAGUUUGCUUCUCGUCAUGGUCAGAAAGGUACCAUCGGUAUCACGUAUCGCCAGGAAGACAUGCCAUUCACCGCUGAAGGUAUCACACCGGAUAUCAUUAUUAAUCCCCACGCUAUUCCCUCUCGUAUGACUAUCGGACACUUGGUAGAGUGUCUCCUUUCGAAGGUCGCGACCCUUAUUGGCAAUGAAGGUGACGCGACACCUUUCACUGAUCUGACGGUUGAGUCCGUCUCGACGUUCCUCCGGCAAAAGGGGUACCAGUCAAGAGGCCUGGAAGUUAUGUAUCAUGGUCAUACUGGUCGUAAACUCCAAGCACAAGUUUACCUUGGGCCGACUUACUAUCAACGGCUGAAACACAUGGUUGACGACAAGAUCCAUUCGCGUGCGCGAGGCCCUGUACAGAUCCUCACUCGGCAACCCGUGGAGGGUCGUAGUCGCGAUGGUGGUCUGCGAUUCGGAGAGAUGGAGCGUGACUGUAUGAUUUCGCAUGGAAUAGCUGGUUUCUUGAAGGAGCGGCUCUUCGAUGCUAGUGACGCUUACCGUUUGCAUGUCUGUGAUUUAUGCGGUCUAACCGCGAUUGCCAACCUGAAAAAGCAAACGUUCGAGUGCCGCGCGUGCAAGAACAAGACUGCCAUCUCGCAACUAUACAUCCCAUACGCCGCAAAACUGUUGUUCCAGGAAUUGCAGAGCAUGAACAUCGCUGCGCGCCUGUACACCGUCUCGACUGGGCGGAUACGGGACUAA